CAUCGUGGCGAUGGUCCAUUGCAAUGAGGAUGCGGCGCUUUUAUUGAAUGGAAAUACAAAAUUAACAGCCAAGUUGUUCUCUGAAGUUGCGAAAAAUAACACCGAAAAGAGUUUUGUGAUGUCUGCGUUUUCCUUACUAACACCUCUAGCGCAACUCUCCCUUGGCGCGGAUGGAGCCACUUACGAUGAACUUCUUGCAGCAAUCGGCUUGCCGAAUGAUCAGUCGACAAUAAAUGCUUUUACGGAAAUGAAAACUAAACUAGGUUUAUUACCAGGAGCUGAAUUAAAAAUAGCUAACAGAAUUUACGUCAGUGCAGAACAUAGGCUUGAUAAAGAUUACUCGGCUAUGACACGACAGAUCUUCGACUCGGAAGUUACAAAUGCUGACUUUACACAACCGGAAAAGACAGCGACAGAAAUAAAUAAAUGGGUGGAAGACCACACAAACCAUCAUAUCAAAAAUUUAGUAGAUCCUAAUAGUUUAAAUAAAGACACAGUAAUAUUACUUCUUAAUUCUGUUUAUUUCCAGAGCGCGUGGCAAAUGCCGUUUCCAAAGGUUUUAACACAUGCACAAGACUUCCAUGUAACAAAACAUAGUACGGUAAAAGUGCCGAUGAUGCAAAGGAAUUCAAAAUACAAAUUCGGUAAAAGUGAAGAGCUUAAUUCAUCGAUAAUUGAAAUACCUUAUGUAGAUAAUAAUUCAGCACUUUAUAUAAUCCUUCCCAAUGAAAUAGAAGGAAUUACUCACCUUCAAGCUAAAUUGAACGAUCCUUCUGUCUUAGAAAAAGCUUUGCAAGAAAUGCAACCAGUUUAUAUAGUGGUACAAAUACCGAGAUUUACAAUUGAAACCAAAAUAGACUUGAAGGAAGCGUUACCACAUGUGGGCGUUACGAAAAUUUUUAAAAGAAAUGAAUCUAACCUGUCUAAAAUAAUAAGCGGAAAUAGAAAUAGUAACUUAUAUAUUGGUCAAGCAAGUCAAAAGGCAUUUGUGGAAGUAAAUGAAGAAGGUACUGCAGCAGGAGCUGCGAAUGAAUUUAAGGCAUUUAUGACUGCUUCUCUUGGCCAGAAGUACUUUGUCGCAAAUAGACCUUUUGUUUUCGACAUAAGAGUUAAUAACGCUCCAGUUUUUAGAGGGAUUUAUACUGCAACAUAAAUUGUUAGUUCAGAGCACGUCUUCAACUUUCUAAUAACUAUAGUUAAGCCAAUUUUAUAGGUAACAUUUGACGUCUAUCAGUUUUAACUUUAUAGUAAGUUAAUCAACUUAAACAUGGAUUUAAGCGAACGAAUCGAUACGGACUUCAAACAUAUUUGAAUUAAAAUCAGUUAUUAUGAAAAAUCGAUGUUUUUGUAACGUGUAUGGGUUUAAAAUAAAAAAGGGUUCACUGACGCUCUAUUGUGGUGGUCAUCAUGAAAAUUAAUAUUUAUUCCAGUAAGUUUAAAAAAAAUUGAUAAAUUGUCAAAUGUGGCCUAUUAAAUU